AAUGCUAUGAUGUGCCAGGGCAAGUGUUCAUUUGGUAGAUGGUCUUUCACAUGCAUAGUAUAUGAUCUGUAAUAAUGUUUAGUCAGCUGUGUGAUCCUGGUACCCAGGGGCGGACUGACAACUCACGGGGCCCCCAGGCAAUAGGGGAUCAUGGGGCCCCUGUGUCCUUGCCCAAACUCAAAAAAGCCUAUGAAAAAGGUAUCAGGGGCAUCUCAUGGGGCCCCCUACUGACCCUGGGCCCUCGUGCAGUGCCCGAGUUUCCAAUUGGUCAGUCCGCCCCUGCUGGU